AUGACCCCGUUCCACUGCAACCCCCUGGGGGCCAGAGAGAAGCCGGACGGGUCUAUCCGCCUCAUACUUGAUCUUUCACAGCCGGACGGCCACAGUGUCAACUCCCACAUUGACCGGUCCGAGUUCACUGUCCAAUACACAACCAUAGACCAGGCCAUUCUUCACAUCUUUUCCCUCGGCCCAAACAAAACACUGCUCGCAAAGGCAGACCUCCAGCACGCCUUCCGUCUCAUCCCGGUCCACCCCACUCAGCGGUGGCUGCUCGGCUUCCGAUGGAACGAGCAGUUCUAUUAUGACGUGCGGCUGCCGUUCGGGCUGCGGUCCGCAUGCAGCCUUUUCACCGACCUCGCCGAUAUCCUCACACUGACCACACGGUUCCAUGCACGCCACCAACACGUGCACCACUAUCUGGAUGAUUUCUUUUUCAUUGGUCCAGCCGACACAGAUGCCUGUCGGCGCGCCUAUCGCACAUUCCUGUCCAUCUGCGAGCACUGCGAUAUCCCACUCUCCCCAGCAAAGUGCAGCCCUCCCUCCACCCGUAUGGAACUCCUGGGCUGCGUGCUCGACACGGCCGACAUGACCAUCUCUCUACCACUGGCCAAGCUCCGCGCGCUGAUCGCCCUCCUCAGAGAGACCCGGUCUACCCGUACAAUCCGUCAGAGACAGCUUCUGAGUCUCAUCGGAAAACUAGUCCACGCCACCAAAUGUAUCCCAGCUGGCCGGAGCUUCUUCCGGCGACUGCUGGACACGGCACACACUGUCCGCCGCCCGCACCACUGGGUCACCAUCACCCAGGGCACGAAACGGGACAUAAACUGGUGGCUGUCCGUGCUUCCGGAGUGGAACGGCACCGCACCUCUCAUACACCCCACCUGGACACCCCCUGCAGACCUCCACCUGUACACAGACGCCUCCACCCUGGGUUUUGGCGGCUGCUGCGACGGCGCUUGGUUCUCCCAAGCCUGGCCUGCCGCAACCAAGGCGUGGGCCAACAGCAUCUCCUGGCUCGAAAUGAUCCCCAUCCUGGCGGCGUGCCUCCUCUGGGGUCACCGCUGGACUGGGCUGAGCGUGCUCAUGCACUGCGACAACACGGGUGUUGUCUGCGCCUGGGAAAAGGGCUGGUCCCGAGACCGCCGCCUCAUGUCGCUCGUCCGGCAGACACUGUUCACGGCGGCCCAACACUCAUUUGCCUUGCGCGUCUCGCACAUCCCGGGGAUCGACAACUCUGCCGCUGACGCUCUCUCCCGGUUGCAGAUCAGCCGGUUUCGGGCUAUCAACCCGACGGCGGCCGCGUCGGCCACUCCGCUUCCGCCGGCCCUCACGGCGUUCCUCGGGCGCCCGACGGAGGCGUGUACCACGGCCUCCGGCUUCCAGAUUUAG